CAAUGCUCCGACUUGUUAUCUUCGUCAGUGUAGCCUGUGUGGCCGUGAAUGCCUGGGCCACGGGCAUGGUGUCUCAGCAAUGCAUGGAGUGUAUUUGCAAGCAAGAGAACAACGGACCGUGCCGUGAUCAGGGCUGUGUGCCGGACCCUCGCACGUUAUCAUGUGGCUUUUUCCAGAUCAAGGAAGUCUACUGGACAGACUGCGGUAAACCUGGGGCAGGUUGGAAGGCGUGUGCCAGCGACAAACAGUGCGCCUCUCAGUGCGUGCAGGCUUACAUGGCGAAGUGGAUUAGAAGGAAAGGUUGUACACCCACGUGCGAGAACUAUGCUCGCGCGCACAACGGAGGACCUGAUGGCUGUAAACUUAGCGGGACGGUUGGUUACUGGAACGCGCUGAAAAAACAGCCAGGAUGUGCUAAUGUUAACUAAAAUACUACAGAUUGAUAAUGUAUGUCAAAUAAAAGACUUUCAUGCAUUGUACAUGUUUUAAAAGUUAACAUUAUUGUUUAAUAUAAUGAAUGCAAAUGCACAAUGCACAGCAAAAAUCGCUACAAAUUCAAUAUUUAAAUAAGUUAGUUUGUUACCUCAACUUAGCAGUUUAAACAAUAUUGUCUAGCGUACAAUACUAUGAAUAUAAUACGAAAUAACUAGUUGUUUAUUAAAUUGUCAUUUUAUUUAAGUUGAUUGCACAUAAAGACAAUAUGAUAUAUCCAAGCGUUUCAAGGAUCAUUCAUUACACAAUUCUUGAUUAAUGCUUUCCCGUAGGAAUCUUAUCGUUUUUCAAUCUCAGUCUUUUAUCGUAAAACCCAAUGAUUUUCUUUUGAGUUUCACGCGUUUUGUUUCUUCAAAAUAAUUAUGUGGGAGUCUAAAACACACUCGAUUACACAAUAUUAAUUUGCACAUUGACACUGGAAAAAAUAAAACCAAUAAACUUGA